CCAUCGAUGGAACAAUAUAAAAGCAGCAGCUGCAGCGAUCCUGUUGAUCACAGCUUUGGAGACGGAACGAAGACGAGCGAAGAAAGAAUCUACCAGCAAAUCCACCAUGUGUGAAACAGGCAAAACCAAGGUGGCAUUCAGUACACUGAUAGAGAAAGGUGGGGCAUAUGGACCAUUCCCCAAUGACACAACUCUGGCUUACAACAAAGUGUACACAAACAUCGGUGAUGCCUACAACAGCUGUACAGGUGUCUUCACUGCCCCUGUUGCAGGUGUUUAUUAUUUCACCUUCUUCUACCAUGCUGGAGGACACCAUGCUUCAAAGCUGGAGCUCUUCAAGAACUGUGAGAUGAUAGUCAGGUCAUCUGAUCACCAAUCAGGCGCUGACACAGCUGAUAAUGGAGGAAAUGCAGUUAUCUUGGAGCUGCAACAAGGAGACAAGGUUUAUGUGCGCAUGCCCAAAAAUAAUUUUAUUUGGGCAGCUGAAAACAGCACCUCCUUCAGUGGUUUCCUGCUCAGUUAAAAUCAGAGAGAAUCAAUGAAUUCAGAAAGACAUUUCCAAAAAUCUGAGAUCAAUGAUGCACUGUUACCAUUCAAAUGUACAUUUAUAUUAAAACAGGUGGUUGUUGCUGUCAUAUUACUGUGAUCAACCAGAAUAUAAUAUCAUUAUUCCACUGAGUCUAAACUGUUCCAUUUACUGUUUCAUGUCAUGAAAGUGACAAUAACUACCACAAGCUGAUUGUCCACAGAGGAUCAACUUUACCCUCAAGUCCAAUUUUGUGCACAGCCACAUCAGAUUUACUAGAUGAAACUCAAACAUAUUAAACAACAACAACGACAUAUUAAAUCAUUGAUCUCAGGUGUGAGGGAACCUCCUGAGUUCUUUCCAGUAUACUUCAGCUUUUGCUUGCUGUCUUAUAUAUCCACCGUGAUAUUACAAUGUUUAAGUUGUUGGGAAACUAAAUACAAGUAAACUCAUUAUAAAGGAGUUGAGCCUGGAGGGGGUUCAGACCUCUUCCUGUGUGUCUGUACAACAAGAGGAAAUAUGUGUGGAGGAGUUUAAGGAGCAGGUGCAGGUGGAGGAUGUUUGAGAUGUUGUGAUGUACGAAGGAGGAAGAACAAUGUGUCUUCAACCUGGAAAAUGUCACGACCAGGUAAAGAAAGGUUGAAUAACAGCUUGAGUGAAAUCAUGUCCAUCCUGUUGUUGUCUACAGUUAAUGUGUGUUAUCUCAAAGUGCUGUAAGAAGUGAGGAGAGACUGCCUCUCCUCAGUCAUGUCUGUGUUCUGCUGCUGACGGCUGCUAAUGCAACAAUAAACAUCUACUGAGCA